CAAAUAUGGCCCCUGCCUUCUGCGUGUGAGAGCAGACAGCUGACAAAGGAAAGAAAUCUGGUAAAAGGACGGUGCCGGCUCAUGUAACACCGCUUCUUCGUCCAGCUAACACUGCACCUUUGUGCGAGUGAAAAAUGGCUGCCAAAUGAUGUGCCAGCGAGAGGAAGUGACCGAAGAAGGCCUUCAUUGUUGCAGACCAUCUAUUCCAGAACCUCCCUCCCUUCCUCAUUCCUCUGCUCCCACCCUGCGAGCCUCCCCCCCCCCUGCUGCCAUGCAGAUCAACCCGGCGUACGUGGAGUCCGGCGUGGUUCUGGCCGUGGUGAUGUGCGUCCACAUGGCUGUGUGGAACCAGCACUCCUGGUGCAUCGUCGCCCUCUUCAUCCAGGCGUUCUACGUGCAGCACAAAUGGGAUCGUCUUCUCCGAUCGGGAGGCGCUGUGUUCCAGUUUCGCCCGUCGGCCAACAGCGGCAUCGUCCCGGCCUCCAUGGUGAUGCCUCUGCUGGGCCUGGUGCUAAAAGAGAAGUGCUCCGCCUCGGGGAACGUCUACUUUGAACGCUUCUCCAUGGUGGUUACCAUUACUGGGAUGAUGCUGGCUCUGUUUCUGUCACUGAUUGCACUGGGAAUCACAAGACCAGUACCCACAAACACGUGCGUGAUCGCAGGUAUGGCAGGAAGUGCGAUCCUCUACACGACCAAACAGACGCUGACCGUUUCAGAGGUCAUCGAGGUCUUGGAGGUGCUUCUGAUCUUUGUUUAUCUCAGUCUGAUUGUGCUUUACCUCCUGCCUCGCAGCUUCACCCCCGGCGAGGCGCUCCUCAUCGUCGGGGGAAUCAGUUUAAUCGUCAACCAGCUCAUCAAGCGCUCCCUGAACCUGGCGGAGGUGAAAGGGGAUCCUGUGAACUACUUCCUUCCGGUUAUAGUUGUUGGCUCGCUGCUUCUGGGGGUUUUCUUCGCCCUGCUCUUCUGCUUCAUGGAGUCGGAAACCUGGGUGUCGUCGCUGUUCUUCCACAUGAUGACCGCCGUCCUGGGUCUGGGGAUCCUCAUGCCGUGGCUCUCCCUGUUCAUCGGCCGGCACCCGCUCAUGUGGCUGCUGGACUUUGUGACUUUGAAUGACAGAAGGCUGUGCCUGCUUGGGUACUGGCUGUUUCUGGCUGCCGUGGCCACUUGUGUUGUGCUGCACCAGAACUACCAGCGCCAAGCCGGGUGCAAGAAGCACCAGGCCUCGACGAUUGUGCGGAAGUACUUCCAUCUCAUCGUGGUGGCUACGUUUGUUCCCGGGCUGAUCUACGACAGGCAGCUGCUUCAUGUGGCGUCCGUGGGUUGCUUGGCAGUUUUCUUGUUCCUGGAGUACGUGCGUUAUUUCCGGAUCCUGCCGUUCGGCCAGCUCCUCAGGCAGCUCCUCACUCUGUUCCUGGAUGAGCGGGACUCCGGGCCUCUCAUCCUGACCCAUGUUUACCUGCUGAUAGGCAUGUCUCUACCUUUAUGGUUGUUCCCGGGACCCUGCGCUCCACGUGGAAUCCUCCCCGGUGCAGGAGGCCUGGUGCCUUACGCCGGUGUUUUGGCCGUCGGGGUGGGAGACACGGUGGCGUCGAUUUUUGGGAGCACCAUGGGUGAGAUCCGUUGGCCCGGCACUAAGAAAACCAUGGAGGGAACUGCGACGUCCAUUUUUGCCCAGAUCAUCGCCGUGGCCAUGUUCCUCAUCUUCGACGGGAGCAUCAAUCUUAACUCCACCUACUCCUGGAUCGUGGGCUCCAUCAGUCUGGUGGCCAUGCUGGAAGCCUACACCUCCCAAAUAGACAACCUCCUCCUCCCCCUCUACCUGUUCAUCCUGCUGCAGCUUUGAUGGGAGGGAUGAGAAACAAAAACAGAUCCUUCCUUCUCUCCUCAGCUCUUUCCAGAGGGUGAAAGGAAGAUGAAAAAGUGUGAGAAAUUAGAAAAAUAUGAUUGAAGUAACAGAAAUCCCUUUAUCAGUUGACUGAUCAGCACAAGAAAAGAAAGGUUAGAGGCUGACAGCUGGAUAAAUGUAAACAAACUUGUUUGUUUGUCAACAAACAAGUGGGGCACAAAACAAUUCAAUAAUAAAGAGCUGAUAGGAAAAGGAGAAUAAAUCUGGUGAUCCUUUUUUUUUGUUUAUGAUUUAAGCACAGGUACAAAAAAUAAAAAAAAGUCCUGCCAGGAUGAUCUUUAUGAAGUUCUAAAAUAAAACAAUAUUUAUCAGUGAAACAGCUGGAAAAAAAGGUUUUGCAAGAAUCAUUUUUCUAAGAUAUGUGUUUUUGUUUUUGUUUCUAAAUUUAGCCACAAAAAGGCUAAGAUUACUGCUAGCCCUUGUUCUAAAUAAAACUAAAAAGUAUUUCUGAUACAUGAGUUUUGUUUUUUCCAUAUAUUUAAUCUAACUGUAGCAUAACAUGUAAUUAUCCUGGAAAAACUUUUUCACAGGUUUUUUUUUUUUAACCUAUUCCAUGGGAGAAAAGCAUUUGGAUCAGACGAAGAAAAAUGAAUAACGAGAUAAUUGUUUUUGUUCUCACUUUCCUAUCAGGUCUCCCGUGACAUUAGAGUCUGUGGCCCUCAGAUCACAAGUCAUUUCAAUAUCAGUUAUUUUAAGGAAUCAGAAGAUCAUUUCAGAACAAAUCAAAAGAAAAGAGUUGCUAAAUAUUCUUUGAGCUGCGUCUGGUGUUCGGGUUCUGGCUCUCCACCAGUGACACCAAACCUCCUGAAUUAUGCAACAGGGUAUUAGCAAAGGGGAAAAAAUGUCCUUUAAACACUUCUGGAUGGUACGGACGCUGCUAACGGCACAUUCUAAAUCACCAAUGAUCACUAACUUGUUCCCCUUUUUGCUAAUGGAUACCUUUUGUAUUGCCUUUGAAGAACAUUAUUUAAAGUUAGCGUAGUCUUGUUCUUAAUGUUAUUUUGCCUCCCUGAUGGCAAUAUGAAGGACUUACUGCUGAGAGUAUUUGCCUUAAGAAGUAUAUUUUCUAACACACGUAACGUAGAUGAACGCAUGGCAGCCCCUCUCUUUAUAAGGGCUGGUUUAUACUUCAACACGGCAGAAAUCUGCUUUGCUCUUGCAUGACACUAAUGUGAAAUCGGUACUGUAACAUGUACACAGGUAUCCUGCAGUAUGUUUUCUUUGAGGUUUGAUGGGACCCAUUUAAAGGUACACUUAAUAUAAACAUUUCCUCUGAUACUGAGCCUUGAAACUUUGCAUAUCAUCCAAGUUUGUAGAUAUGCUUCAGUCAAAAAUGAUGUACAAAGGCCUUUUUCUGUUUAGCGACUUUCAUUAUGCGUUAUAUAAAUAUCCUCAUCAGGUUAAAUCUCAUCGUUUUGGAUGAGAACGCUUCAGAUUAGAACCUGAAACAUGUUUUCAGCAUGAAUUAAUUAACAGCCUUAUGGUAUUUUAUCAAAUGUAAAGUUAUUUGGUGUUUUUUUUAUUUAUUAGCAUGAUAUUACUGAUAUUUUUGCCAUCAUCCUUACAUUUCUAAUGUAAUAUUGCAUGUCGAGGGCAUCAAAAGGUAGAUAAAGUUGUUACGCCUCCUAUUUUAGUAAAUUUGAGACGAGAGAAGGACCUGUGAGACAGACGGAGAGAUUAAAAACAAACAUUAGCCUUUUGCUUUCACAGUUUAAUUUUAAAAUGGACAAAAAAUGGUUUGAAUGUUGUGAUUGAUAAUCAGUCAAAAAUACAUGUUUUUCAUUUCAUCUUAACAUGAACAUACUUGAAAAUAGCAAUGCUUACUGUUGUCUGCAAAAUGAAAUAAAAAGGAAUCUACCGUCUUGUUUUGA